ACGACGACAACGAAUUGAUUUUUAUUGAAAAAGUUUUUUGUUUCAAUUAACGAAAAAAAUAUGGCAUCACAUUGUUUUGUUUGUCAAUUACCAAUUCUAUCACAUCAAACAUGGGAUACAUGGACAUGUGGCCCAGGUAUUGGUCCUACACAAUCAAUAUUUACCGAUAUAUUUCAUGAAGAUUGUUUACAUUGUUCAGUUUGUAUGACAAGAUUAAAACAAGGAAACGGUUCGGCAAAACGUGUUGGUAAUAAAAUUUAUUGUGUUUUACAUUUUGGUGAUGUUACCGGAUCGUUUAGUUCACCCGGUGAAGAUUAUAUAAAUAAAUUAAGAGAUUUUAAACGACAAAGUCUUGGUUGUGCUGAAGCAAGACGUAAAUCAUCAACAACAUUAUCGUUUGCCGUACCAGUACAAGCAUGUCCCGGUCAACCAUAUUGUUCAAAAUUUCCACAUGAUAUUAAACCGACAACUGGUUAUUGGAUUGAAUGUCGUGGUGGUGCUUCACCUGUAAAUAUUAAUGAAAUUGCAUCCGCUGUAUCGGAUUCACAAUUACAACAAAAACAAAAAUUUCAACAACAAAAUCGUCCAGCAACAUUUGAUGCAACUGGAACUAAUAAUAAUGAUCCAAAUAAUAAUAAUGAAACAGUAACAACAAUACAUCUUACAAAUGAAUUGAAUUUAUUUCAAACUGGUGGUGGUGGUGGAUCAUCCACACAAUCAAUGAUGAUGAUGAAACCACCACCAACACCAACUGUUGAAGCCGUUUUAACACGUGGAAGAUUAGAACGACAAGAUACAAUAAAAUCUGAUUAUAAUAAUGAUGAUAAUAAUAAUGAUGAUGGUGGUGGUAAUUAUGAUUUGGAUGAUGGACGACCAAUAUCAAAAGAUGAUUUAGAUUUAAUGAUGGUACGUAAACCAUCAUUAAUGAGUCAACAUCAAAUAUUUCCAAAUAUAACGAUAACAAUUGUACAACCAUCAUCACCACCACCAUUAUCACCACCAUUGAAUGAUAAAAAUAAACAUCAACAACAUCAACAUCAACACCAUCAACAUCAACAACAAUCAACAUCAUCAAUAAAAUCAUCAUCACAUCAUCAUCAUCAUCAUCAAUAUUCUGUAAAAUAUAAAUCAUCAUCCGGUGGUGUUAGUAGUAGUGGUGGUGGUGAUUGUGUUGAUAGUGGUUGUUGUGUUACAUCAACAGUCAAAACAUCAUCAACAAGUCCAGUAAAACAGCCACAAUCACCUGGAUUUUCAUCGAUAAAAUCUUUGAUUAUGAAUGAUGAUCCAUUUGAAUUAAUAUCAUUUGAAGAAGAGAUAUAUGAAAAAUAUUUUUAUGGCCGUGAACAUUGGAAUUAUUUUACAAAUGAUGAACAAUUAGGUCCAGUUAUAAUGAGCUUAAAACAAGAAACAAUUGGUGGUCGUGAUCAAUUUCGUGUUUUGUUACGAACCAUUUCUUAUUCAUUACAUGGAUUGGUACCAACAUCAGCAAUUUGUGCUGAUCGUUAUGAUCGUGAAGCUGUUGUACGAGCACUUGGUGAUGAAGCUGGUUUGAAACCGCCAUUAGUAUUGGGACAAUUACCAAGUACACCAGAUGAAUUGCUCAAAUUGGAUCAAGUUUUUGUUAAAUCUGAACUUAAAGUUGGUGUUAUUUAUAUUCAAGAACAUCAAUGUAAUUCUGAAGAGGCAAUUCUUGGUAAUCGUCGUGAAUCAAGAUUAUUUUCAGAAUUUCUUUCCAUUUUGGGUGAUCAUAUUAAACUAAAAGGUUUUGAUAAAUAUAAAGGUGGUCUUGAUACAGUACAUGAUCUAACCGGAACUGAAUCUGUUUAUACAUGUUAUAAAAAUAUUGAAAUAAUGUUUCAUGUAUCAACAAUGUUACCACAUGAAGAUGGUGAUCCACAAAAAUUACAGAAAAAACGUCAUAUUGGUAAUGAUAUUGUUUGCGUAGCGUUUUUGGAAGCAGAUGAUGCACUGUUUUGGCCUGGUUGUAUAAAAUCACAUUUUCUUCAUACAUUUAUUGUUGUAAAAACAACACCCAGAGAAUUGUUACCCGAUGAAACACGUAAAUAUACUGUUGCUGUUGUUUGUCGUGAUGAAGUAUCAGCAUUUAAACCAUAUUUAUGGCAUCAAUCAGAAUUUGAAAAAGGAUCACAUUUUCGUGAAUGGCUUUUGACGAAAAUUAUCAAUGGUGAACGUGCCAGUUAUUCAUCACCAAAAUUUGCUAGGAUGCAGGAUCGUACACGUUCACAAAUGAUGGAAGAUAUUGUUAAUAAUCUGGCUAAUCAUUUGGCCACUGGUCAGAUACCAAAACCAUAUCGUCGUGGUAGUUGGCGUCCAAUUGGUCAUAUGCGUCCAUCAAGUCCAUUAUUAGAUUCUGUUCGUGAUCUAUUUGAAGGUUAUGAUCAAAUUGCUAAAGAUUUUGCCAAUGCAUUUCAUGGUAAUGCCAAAUUAUUAUGUGAUGUUGUUUUCAAUGUUAUUGGUUCGGCUAAUGGUCAACCAAUCAAUAAUAAUAAUAAUAAUGGUGGUGGUACAACAUCGACAGCAAUGUCAAUAAUUGGACAUCCUCAUCAUCAUCAUCAUCAUCAUAUCGAUGGUAUCAAUUCAAAUGUUUCAGGUAUCGGUAGUGGUGGUGGUGGUGGUGGCACUAGUGGUGUUCGUCGAAUUUAUGCUGUACGUGCUAUACUUGCUAUACGUUCACGGGUAUUUCUUGAAAUGCUUUAUGGAUUUGCACCACCCGGACAAUCUGGACAAUUAUUAUCACAACAACAUCAACAACAAGCAAUCGAUAUGAAUUGUACAUCAACGACAACAAGUGGAAAAGAAUCUCGUCGUAAUUCAUCGGGAAAAUCAUCAAGUUCAUCAUCAAAACGUAGUAGUAUAACUGCGGAAACAAAAAAUAUGAUCGCACAAUUACCGAAAAUUAUCGCACCAUCAAAAGAUAAAGAUAAAGAUUCGAAAGAAAAAGAUUCAAGAAAAGCUUCAACUGUUUCGACUAUAUCGGCAAAUGCAUAUUCAACAGCAUCAAAUUCAUCAAAUUAUUCAUCAAUGUCAACAUCGACACAGAUAAAAACACCAACUUAUCUACAAGUACCUGGAUCAAGUGGAAGCAGUGGUAAUGUUUUUAAAAAUGCAUUUAAUCGUUUGGUAUCUGGAUCAUGGUCAGGUUGGGGAUCAAAAGGUGGCCGUAAUGAAUCAAUGAAACGUUGGCAAAGUGAAUCAUUUUAUGCUAAAAUGGAUCAAAAUGUUGGUGUUGAAGUACCUGGGAUUUCAAUGUGUGCUGAUGUAGCAAAAAUUGAUCCAAAUAAAUUAGCACAAACUGAGUUUACCAUAAUCGAAUUUGAUGGCGAUACAUUUCAAUUACUGAUUGAAUAUCUACAUUCAGGAUCAUGUCCAUUAACAUGUGAUACUGUACCGGGUUUAAUUUGUGCUGCUGAACAUUUUGAUCUGCCCGAUCUAUUACAAGCAUGUGUUCAUCAUACAAAAACACAUCUACGUUUAGCAUUAGUACCAAGAAUGUUAUGUCAAUUAGAAAAUUAUUAUUGGCGUUAUACAUCAGCAUCACAAUUGGUCAAUACAAUAUUAACCUAUGUUGAUCCAAGAGCUUCCAAAUUAUUUCAACGUCUUGAAUAUCUAAUGUUAUCCGAAUCAAUGUUGACAACAAUUUUAUCACGACGAACAUUAUUAAUAACUGAAACAUUAAAAUUUCAGGUUAUGUUACAAUGGUCAUUAUUUAAAGUAACAAAAGGUCAUUAUAUUGGUUUAGAACGACCGGCUACAUUAACCCCAAGUGAAUCACAAGAAUUACAAUUAAUUAUGAAUCGUUUAACAAGAGAUUUGAAAUUGGCAAAAAUUCCAGCACAAGAUCUUAUUAAGAUUGUUUUACCAUCAAAAACAAUCAAUAAUGAUCGUAUAUUGAAUACAUUAUUACAACAAGCUAGUCAAGGUUUACGAUAAAU